AUGGCGACCUUUAGACGAUUCCACCCUCACGAUGUCGACAAGUUCUCCAAAUGCAAUCUUGACCCGUUGACGGAAACUUACGAGUUGGGUUUCUACCUCCAGUACUAUGCCAAAUGGCCGUCACUGUUCCAGGUCUGCGAGGACAAGGAUGGUAACAUCAUCGGUUACAUCAUGGGCAAAGUCGAGUCAUCCCCCGAUGCGUAUAAAUUCUCAGAGCACUACCUACCAUGGCACACACACAUUACCGCCCUGACGGUAGCUCCCGAAGCGCGGAGGUUGGGUAUCGGAAAGAUCCUUAGCGAACAACUCGAAACCGCCGCCGAUGCCAACGACUCCUGGUUCGUCGACUUGUUCGUCCGACGGAGCAACGAACGAGCGAUUACAUUUUACAAGAGCAUGGGCUACAGCGUUUUUCGCGUGGUAAAAGAUUACUACGGUGAUAAUGCUCUGGACCCGAGCAAAGGCGGCGAGGAUGCCUUCGACAUGCGGAAGCCCAUGAAAAGGGACAAGAAGCUACAGCAUAUCAGGGAUGACGGCGAGAACCACGAAGUCAGCCCCGAGGACGUGUGGUGA